CAAAGGCUGAGGUUUUUCAUUUAGAGGAAAACACGCGAUGCCCUGUUAGAUUUAACCUGAUCCGUUUGUUAGAAAAUAAUGUCACCACUGUCUUUGGCUAGCAUUGGUGGAAACACGUGUUUAUCAGGUUUUUGUGUCGUGACGUGAGUCUCUGUGUUAGGUUCCGGUUGUCCUCCUGCCGACACGCGGAACUACAGUACUAAGUGAAACAUGUCUGUGUCUGCCGGCAGCUGUACGCCUGUGAGCCAUGUCAUUUUCGACAUGGAUGGAUUAUUAUUAGACACUGAGCGACUUUACACAGUGGCCUUCCAGGAAAUAUGUGACCGCUUUGGAAAGCAGUACACAUGGGACGUGAAGACAUUAGUGAUGGGUAAAAAGGCUCUGGAUGCUGCCCAGAUUAUUGCUGAUAGGCUGGAGCUUCCCCUGACAGCCGACGAACUUCUAGCUGAAAGCAUUCAAAUACAAGAAAGGAUCUUUCCCUCUGCCACACUCAUGCCAGGUGUGGAGAAACUGGUGCACCAUCUGCAGAAGCAUAAAGUCCCCACCGCAGUCGCCACCAGCUCAGCCGGUGUGACGUUCAGACUGAAGACGAGUCAACACAAAGAGUUCUUUAAGCUGUUUGACCACAUUGUUCUGGGCGAUGAUCCAGAUGUGAAGAAUGGGAAACCUGAGCCUGACUCCUUCCUGGUGUGUGCCGGCCGAUUCAAUCCCCCAGCUGCUCCAGAGAAGUGCUUGGUGUUUGAAGAUGCUCCCAAUGGCGUGAAGGCAGCACUGGUGGCAGGAAUGCAGGUGGUAAUGAUUCCUGACAACAACCUGGACCCCAGCCUUACCCAGGAGGCUACGCUGCGACUGAGGAGCAUGGAGGAGUUUGAGCCGGAGCUCUUUGGCCUGCCAGCGUAUGACUGAAUCAAAGCUCGAACCUCAUUAUGUAAUUCAGUCUCUGUGUUUGAGUUCUAAUUCAGAGCGGUGACUCCUUAUAGUAACCAUUGUUAGUCAAUAGAACAUCUGGAUGAACUGAUGUUCAGAAAUAUAUGUAUUUAUAUCUGUAUUACAACUAUAAAUAUUACUGGGAUGAAUAUUAAAAAGUUGA